AUGAAUACUUUCUGCGAACUAGUUGCUUCCUCACAUCUGAAGUCACCUGGCGGCACAAAACCUUAUGCUAUCAAAUCGCAGGCACGAUCACUGAGAUCCCUCGCGCUCUGCUUUUUGGUGUCAGCCUUAACUUGCAUCAUCGCUGCCCCCGCCACCUCGGAAGAUGCCAAACUUCCUCCAACCGACUCGGAAUAUCCAGAGGUCAUUCCUGGUCCUGGAUUACCCUCGUUAGAAUCCCUCGGGUUGACCUCCGCCGAUCUAUACCGCAAUCGCACCAUGAAUGCACUUUCAAGUCGCAAUGAGGAUGAUUAUAUCAUUUACUGCUUAACAGGAGGUGCGACCACCUCGGUGAGCACUGCGCAAGUGUGCAUCAAUUACUUGUCUAGCCUCGGCACCGGAGACUGCAUGGUCCCAGCAAAUCCCGAUGUAAUCACUUUUUGCUCAUCAGGGCAGUCAGUAAUCUGUGGUACAAACGUGUGGGGCAACGGACAAGCUGUACACUCCUGGUGCUCAGACGUAGCUGUAACUGCUCAGUCAAUCGUCGAUUUGUGCCAGACAAAUGGGCAGGUCGACGGCUACGGUCAAGCAGCCGAGAAUUCGAACAUGCUGGGUUACGUUGCACUUGCCAUCAACCACGACUACAAGCUCUAUCCAAUGUCGUUGACACCCAACCCAGCGACAGAGUUCUCAUCUUCGACCAUAGAAAACUUCAGUGCGCAAGCAUCUGAGUUCACAGCGCCCAUCCUCCGUGUGAUACCAUACAUCACAUUCGCUUCCUCCGUCGUUCGAACCACGUUCGCCUUCAUAUGGUCUCUAUUUCACCCACUCCUACGUCUCUCGCCAUUACCAAUAAUUCUCUAUGUUCUGGGUCCGGCGAUUGUCUUUGUGGAUAUCUUUACGACUGUAUUCAUACGCGCGCCGUACACCAUCAUUGUAUACCUCAUGGAGGCCCUGUACCCGCUGUAUGUUUUCUGCGGCGUCGCAUGCAUUACUGGCGUAAUUUUAGGCCUUUCUGCGCGUAUUAUAUCUCGCUUGAUAGUUGCCGCAAUGUCGGCGGAGGAAGAGCCGCCACACAUGGACGAGAAUGAAGAUGAACCAAGGCUGGAUUCAGAUCUUAAAGGAAAGGGCAGGCAGCGGGAACCGGAGAGAGUCAGAGUCAAGGUCAAGGUAGAAUCCGAAUCAGCUAUCUCUUCUGUUCGUAUUGCCUGUCAAAUGCCUCCAGGCAUCCAUACUUUAUCGACACUCCUUUGUGGACUCGUCGCCACCAUGAAGCAUUACAAGCCUACAUUCCUAAUCCUCGAGAGCUACUUCGUGCAACGUGUCAACCACACGCCCAUGGACAGAUGA